AUGGACAAUAAUGUUCUUAUUGAAAAAUCGGUGACUACUCUAGUCAUGGAUAAAGAUGACUGGAAGUGGCCAUGCUUUGAUGAAUGGUACGAUGAUUAUUAUGACAGAAUGGAACGCAGGGUAAAGAUUGAGAGCAUUAACAUCAAUCCCUUUGUUGUCGUAUAUCCACGCGGUGGCAAACCGUAUGUUGAAGUGAGUUCCUCGCAGUUGAUAGAUAUCUUGAGAGAUAUCCUUCCAAAUAAAAAACCUUUUGAAAACAUUGAUGAUGAUAACCACAAAAUUUCAGUGGGGGCUCAAGAUUUAUUUCAUGUAAUGGAGAAACUUAAAGAUAUUACUAGUAAAAUAACUGAUUUGGAGAGCGUUGUCCAACUAAAACGGUUGAUUCGAUUUCUUGAACAAGAAUUUAAACAAACAAUAAAAGCUCGUGAAAAAAUGAUUGCACAUAAAAAAGUUUCAUAUGACAUGUUAUGGGUAUUUUAUACUGAAAAAUUGGAUGUAUGGUAUCGAUGUGAUUUGUCUGGUCAGCAGGUUGGAGGUAUCAUUGCCUCUGUACAAGAAAAAGUAAAAUGCAAUAAAAAAGUAUUUAUCAUAUCAAUGAAUGUGAUAAAAUAUGACGGCAUCGGAUUUAAACGUUGCCAAAUAGUGCGGGAAAUCGAACAAUUCGAUGGCGAUGUGAGCUUCUCUGAUUUACCUGUUGUCCCAUCUAAACUUUCAACAUCAGAAGAAUUUCUCAAAGAAAGCAUAAUUGCAAAUGGAAAAAAAUACUUUAAACUUACCCAAGGAAAUCAAUAUAUGAAUUAUGAAGGUCCAUUAUUGCGCAUUCGAAAUAUGUGGAUUGAGAAAAUUAGAGCUGAUGGCCGUGUUAUGAUUGAUAUCCAAAGUUUUUCGACUAUGAAUCCCGAUUAUCAAAUGGGUGAUGCCAAACCACCAAAUAAGUGUGAUGUUAAAAUGCUCAAAGAAAAAGACACUUAUCUCCAAAAUAGUGAAAUUAAUCAAGAGGAUAAUUAUUUCCUCGCUCCUGCCGUAGUAUAUGGAUUUAGUUUUACACUAAAAGAAUGGGGUCUAUUCGAAGUCUCAAAAUUUUCAGAUAUUAUUUUUGAUUCCGAAGCUCUCGAACAUAUUGUAAUGCCACAAAAUAAAAAAAAUAUGCUUGAAGGGUUAGUGAGUCAAUAUCGUGAUCCAGCCCACUUGACUAAUUGCAACGGCCUGGCAAAUGGUAUACAUUUACCAGAGAAAUCCUUAGAUCCUAUUACAAAUAAGGGUAAUGGCUGUAUCUUUUUAUGCUAUGGACCACCUGGUACCGGAAAAACUUUGACAGCUCAAAGUGUAGCUGAAUAUCUAAAAUUGCCAUUAUGGAUACUCACAGUACGCGAACUUGGGCUAGAACGAGAAUUAGUUAAGAUUCUAGAUAUCGCUUAUACAUGGAAGGCUGUCAUUUUACUUGACGAAGCUGAUAUUUACCUCGAAAAACGUACCACAAUUGACCUAAUUCGCAAUACAAUGGUUGGAAUAUUCUUGCGUUUACUAGAGUAUUAUCAAGGUGUCAUUUUCUUAACAACAAAUCGAGUAAUAACUUUUGAUGAUGCUGUAUGCUCACGAGUUAACAUGUUUCUUCAUUAUCCUAAACUUGGACCGAGUGAAAGGCGCCAAAUAUGGUCAAAAUUCAUCAAACGUGCCAGUUUACCACUCAAAGCUGAUGACUUUUCUGAUUACGAUUUAAAUGGCCGUGAAAUUCGUAAUAUUCUUCAUGCUGCACGAUUGCUGGCUAAGAAUAAAGGCAAAGAACUUACUGCAGAAAAUGUAGUUGAUGUUAUCAAAAUUAUUCAAGAAUUUAGGCAAGAAACUAGUGAAAUGAAAAAAAAUAAUGAUUGUUUGUAA